CACUUUAACAGUUUGUUGGCAUUUUGCUUGUGCUGUCACGUGACACUCCGGUGAACUUUGGCAAAGUCCCUUUCUGUUCAGUUCCCUGACUUGUGAAGUAAACAUGAGAUUGAGACUGAGAUGCUAUAGAGUAGUUUACAGCUGAUUGUGUAGCAGAACUUCGUGUAAAAGACAAUAUGGAGGUAAAAUUUACUGGAAAGCGAGCUUUGGUGACUGGAGCUGGCAAAGGGAUUGGACGGGACACCGCACUGGCUCUGGCACGUUGUGGGGCAGAGGUCACGGCUGUCACACGCACAAAAGCUGACCUGGAUAGCCUAUUGCAGGAGUGUCCCUCCAUUAAACCGGUAUGCGUGGACCUGUCGGACUGGGAUGCAACAGAGCAGGCGCUGAGAGAUGUUGGUCCAGUGGAUCUGCUGGUGAACAAUGCAGCCUAUGCUAAACUUCAGCCCUUUUUGGAGGUCACGCCAGAUCAGUUUGACAUGUCUUUCAAUGUCAACGUGAAAGCUGCACUUCAUGUUGCUCAAAUUGUAGCUCGAGGUAUGAAGACCAGAGGAAGUGGGGGCUCCAUUGUGAAUAUCUCUAGCCAGGCUUCACAGCGUGCUUUAAAAGACCAUGCCGUAUACUGUGCCACAAAAGGAGCUUUGGACAUGCUGACCAGAGUGAUGGCGCUGGAGUUAGGGCCAUAUCAGAUAAGAGUAAACUCAGUGAAUCCAACCGUUGUGAUGACAAAGAUGGGUAAAUAUGGAUGGAGUGAUCCAGAAAAGGCCAAAAGCAUGACAUUGCGUAUCCCAAUGGGUAAAUUUGCAGAAGUGGAGGAUGUGGUCAACUCCAUCCUCUUCCUCCUCAGCGAUAAGAGUGCCAUGACCAAUGGGGUGAUGCUGCCAGUGGAUGGGGGUUUUCUGGCCUGCUAAAACUGAGUAUGGUGUUCCAUCAUGUUGUUUGGAGAUCAUCCCUCGAAAAACAGUAGAAAAAGUACAGUAUUUUCUGGAUUUUCAAAGUUGUGCACAGUUUAAUGAACUGCAUUGUAUACGUACCCGUUACAACUUUCAUGUCUCUCUAGAUUGUGCCAUAUUAAAGGAUAGUUCACCCAAAAAUGAAAAUGAUGUCAUC